CCUCAAUUCCAAACCAAACGAGAAACGGCGAAAAAUCAGCGGCCGAUCUGCGUCUCUCCGGUUCCUUGCUGCCGUACCGAGCCCAUCAGUAUCACCCUAAACUCCCAACACAAAUCCACAGGCGUGUGAGAGCUGAUAAAGGUGGCGGUUUUACCGGAGCUCGGUCCGGACCAGCGCAGGAUAGGAUCGGUUCGGAUCAGGAAGCGAUGAGGGGGAAAUGACCAUGAUGAGCAUCUAACGACCCAAAGAACAACGGAACCACACAAAGAAAGAGCAUUUCCUCUGUUUAUACACAGAGAAACGGAACCGAUCCGGUUCGGUUGGAGAGUGGGAUUAGCUUUAGCUUUAGCUUUAGCAUGACAGCAGGGAUGCGCUGAUUCGGAUCUAUUUCAUCCUCAUUUCACAGGUAGCAAAUGUCACGGCUGUCUCCAUGGAGUUUUCUCAGAUGACACGUCUGUUCACUGCGCAGGGUCCUGGGGCAUGGUGACUGCUGUCCGUCAGCCAGAGCAGCGGCAUCUAGCGCGAGCCUUCUGGUCCUGAAGGAAGACGUCUAGGUGACAGCACGGACAGGAGGACGAAUCCAGGACAGAGAGCGAGAGAGACAUGGGGCAGUGUGUGACUAAAUGUAAAAACCCCACGUCCUCUUUAGGCAGCAAAAGUGGAGAAAAGGAUUCUGGGAAAUCUCACGGAAAGAAGGGUGGUGGCGGAACGGGAGGCGUGCACAAGGAGGAAGCUUCCACCAAGUCCUCCGCCGACAUCAUAUUCAAUGGCACCAAAGUGUCGGAGAUCACCGUGGAAGGCACCAUGGCUCCGCCCACAUCAGUGGGUGACGUGAGGCGGGAGAUGCCCACACUGAACGGGGAAGGCUUGUCGCUUGCGCGGAUUGAGGAGAUGUUCUUGCGUUAUAAGGAUGAGCACGAAGAUGCCAUCUUGGAGGAGGGAAUGGAACGGUUCUGCAACGAUCUGUGCGUCGAUCCGGCCGAGUUUAAAGUGCUGGUGCUGGCGUGGAAGUUCCAGGCUGCUACAAUGUGCAAGUUUACAAGGAGGGAGUUUGUUGACGGCUGUAAGGCAAUCCAGGCCGACAGUAUACCGGGGAUCUGCUCGCGUUUCUCUGUGCUGCUAGAGGAGUCUCGUGGAGAAGAGAGCUUCAAAGAUCUCUACCGUUUCACGUUCCAGUUCGGUCUGGAUGCCGAGGAGGGCCAGCGCUCGCUGCAGCGAUCCAUCGCCAUCGCGCUGUGGCGGCUCGUCUUCACACUGGACACGCCCCCAGUGCUGGAGCGCUGGCUGGACUUCCUGUCGGAGAACCCGUGCGCUGUGCGCGGCAUCUCUCGAGACACCUGGAACAUGUUUCUGAACUUCACGCAAAGCGUCGGCCAGGACCUCAGCAACUACAGUGAGGAAGAGGCCUGGCCCAGCCUGUUCGACUCGUUCGUGGAAUGGGAAACGGAGAGACGCAGGAGGGAACGAGCGGACACCACAGAGACGGAGUCCACCACAGACUGUGUGAGCGCCUCGAUGUGGCCGACAACUUGAGGGUUUUCGUUUUUUGGGAUGGGCGGUGAAUUUUGGACUAUGACGUGCGGAGAUGUUUCUGAGCCCGUCACUCUCCAUCCAAAUUUGUGAAUUGUUAUAAUUAUUAUGAAAUUUUUGGUCUUAUUGCAUUGGGCAUCCCAGUGCGCUCCCUUUGACUUUUUUGUUUUAAUGAAAGGGCUCCGAACUAAUUGUUUUUUAAGCACUUUUAUUUAAGUUAUUGUUUUAUUUUUUCGCUAUUGGUGUUUUAAAGGAAUAGUUCACCCAAAGAUGAAAAUUCUGUCAUCAUUCACUUUCCAAAUUACUUUCUUUCUUGCGUAGAACACAAAAAGCGAAUUUUCCUUUUUUGCUUUUUUCCAUAUAAUGAAAGUGAAUGAGGACUUGGAGCUGUCAAGCUCCAAAAUGAGACAAAAAAAGUAAAAAACCACACCAUAAAAGUAGUCCAUAUGAAUUGUGCACUAUAUUCCAAGUGUUUUAAAGUAAUUGAAUCCCUUUGUGUGAGAACAGGCUGAAAUUUAAAUCGUUAUUCACUGAUAAUCUUCCCCUCCAGUGGGCUUUUAACCGUUGCGAUCGGAUCAUUGAAUCAGUGAACCGAAUCAGUCAGAUUAAUGACAAUUCAUUUGCAAAUUGGGCAUUGCUAUAUCUUUAAUGAACUCUAAUAUAGUAAUGACUUGUUUUGGUCCGUUUCCUCACACAUAGCUAUUGUACAGCUUCAGAAGACUUGGAAUAUGGUACGUGAGUCGUGUGGACACCUUUUUUGCUACUUUUAUUGAGCUUUUGUGUCCAUUCACUUUCACAAACUGGAAAACAUUCUUAAAUUAACCUUUUGUGCUCCAGAAAAAAGAAAAGAAAGUCAUACAGCUUUAGAACAACAUGAUGGUGAGUAAAUGAUGACAGAAUUUUCAUUAUUGGCUGAACUUUUCAUUUCAUUUGUUUUAAUGUUCACAUUUGUUACUUCACACCUCCAGAGUGGUUUCUGCAAAGAUUCUACCGACUGCCUCGAAUAUUUUUUGGGAAUGACCAACACGCCAAAGAAAAGGGAAUUCCGUCAGCUGCCUACCGAGCUUGAAUACAAAACACAUUCAUCCACAAACACAACACUUACCACACACACGUGCAAAUACCAGCAUAAACACUGUAUUGGACGUUGAGUAUCAGUUUUAGGGUUUUUUUUAACGGUUAGUUUUCAUUUAAUUGCGGGCUGUGUGACAUUGAUAUUGGUUCCAUUUAACAACAGACUGUUUGGAUGUACUGACGGCAGAAAAAAAAAAAAAGUGUAAUUUCUCAUGUGCUUCCCUGCUCCUUUCUGACUUUAUUUAAUUCUUUAACAUUCAUGUCUCUCCGAUGAAUUCAGUCUGCUCAUAUAUUCUCACCAGACAGGAGUGCUUGUGUCGGAAAUGCAGAUUCUUUUGCAAUUUGAGGGCUGCUGUGAGCUUUUUUCUUCAUUUUAUUUUGCAGUUUACAAAUUUUUUUUUUUUUUUAAUACCAAGUGAUUUCAUUUUAGUUUUAUUUUGUGUCUGGUUUUAUAUAAAUGAUGCCGUUUAUAAUGAAUAAAAAUGUGUUCAACAUUGGA